AUGGUAGCGGUGCACUUGAUGAUGCUUUUUCUCAGGCCGAAAAGCAGCCAAGGGUCAGAAGACGAAUGGGCCAGCGCUGAAGAGCUGCUACGUAGCGCACUAGAACAACAUCGAAUCUCUUUCAUGGUCGCGUCGGGGGAGGGCGCCUUCUAUGGCCCGAAGAUUGACAUUCAUCUUCCAGACGGAGAAGGACGGCUGUGGCAGACGGGAACGUUGCAGGUCGAUUUGGUUUCUCCAAGGAACUUCGGUCUUGAGCCCACAGCAACCAAUAGUGACCGCGUAUGCUUCCUGCAUCGGGCGAUGUGCGGUUCACUUGAGCGCUUUUUCGGCCUUGUUUUGGAGCAUUUAGAUGGCCACUUGCCACUGUGGCUGGCACCCACCCAGGUAGCGCUGCUUACGGUUGGCGAGGGGCAAGCGAUCUCUGCAGAGGCUAUAUCUAGGCGCCUACGGCGCGCUAAGAUCCGUGUGUCACUGGACACACGGCCAGUGCACAUUUCGAAGAAACUGAAGUACGUCCAGCCCAAAACCACGGAGCUUCACAUUAAUUACCGCACUCCAGAAGUUUGGAUUUUAGGGAGGACAGACCAGGAGAGGAACACGGUCACCGUGAGGAGGCCUCAUGGAAAGCAGGCCGCCGCUCCUGUAGAACGAGCACUGGCAUCUGUACGGAGGCGAGCGAAAAUCCCGUUUUAG